CUGAAAGCUCAUUGGUACCCAAACAUGAAGGGACUGGGCUUGGUUCUCCUCGUGCUUCUCCUGAUGCUCGCAGCUGGGGAGGGAACUGAUCCAGAAACGCAGUACUGGACUUGUGGGUAUAGAGGACUCUGCAGACGGUUCUGCUAUGCUCAAGAAUACAUUGUUGGUCAUCACGGCUGCCCCCGAAGAUACAGGUGCUGUGCUAUGAGAUACUAGCAGCGCUCCACUUGCCUAAUGCUGCCUGAAAGUUAUCACAUCAUCAGUUCUGACAUAUUCAGUACAGGCAGCUGUGGUCAUGGUAACACUCCUGGAUGAAACUAUGACAACUUUACUGUCAUUCGACCCCUCUUGGCCUCCCAGCAUCCUGUGGGAUCUGACAAUGAGUGCUUUUGAAGUGGACUUUCUGUAGCUAGACAAAGCUCAUUUACAGCUCUUAGGUGUGUAUCUGCCAUGUACCUCACACUCUUUACAACAGCACUGUUUGAGCUGUCACCUUUACCUUUCUGUUCUGCAGUGUUGACAAUA